CGCCUUGGUGGUAGGAUGGCGGAAUUGGUUUUUACGGUUCCCACCGAGAGUGACAAAACCUUGCUGGUGUGGGAGCUGAGUACUGGACCCACAGACGAGGCCUUGCAUCAUUCUCUGUUCGCAGUAUUCUCCCAGUUUGGCCUUCUGUAUUCGGUCCGAGUCUUCCCAAACGCUGCAGUGGCCCGUCCUGGUUUCUACGCCAUCAUCAAGUUUUACUCAGCAAGGGAUGCUCACAGAGCCCAAAAGGCAUGCGACCAGAAGCAGCUUUCUCAGAAUUCUCCAGUGAAGGUUCGUCUUGGCACCAAACAUAAGGCGGUUCAACAUCAGGCCCUUGCCCUAAACAGCUCCCAGUGCCAAGAACUGGCAAAUUAUUACUUUGGUUUCAAUGGAUGGUCAAAAAGGAUCAUCAAGCUUCAGGAUCUUUCUGACCUUGAAGAAAGGGCAAAUGAAGAUACUGUGCCACCACUUCAGAAGCAGAGCCUGAAAUUCUUCUGCGCUUUAGAGGUGGUGUUGCCAUCCUAUGAGUGCCGGAGUCCCGGAGCUGGCAUGGCCAAGGAGCCUUUGGAUAACCUGGAGGAAGGGCCAUUAUCAUUUCUUAUGAAAAGGCGGACAAUCCAGAAGCUUGCUAUUCAGAAGGCUGUGUCAGAUGCAUUCCAGAAACUGUUGAUUGUGAUUUUAGAAAGUGGUAAAAUAGCUGUGGAAUACAGACCCUGUGAAGAGAUCACAGAUGCCAGUACUGAAGACGAGCUACAGGAUUUAAUUCAACCCAGAUGUUGGCCUCGCCUAAGGAGUUGACUGAGACUUUGGUUCCAUUCCUGGACACGGAUUCCGUUGGAGAACUACCCCCAGGGCCAGAUGAGGAUCUGAAUGACCAGCUAACCCAGCGUCAAAGGCUCCCAGAGGUGGUUCCAAUGCCAGGUUGGGAUUAUUUAAUGUUUCCCAGG